AUGUCUGCCGACACAUCGGAUCUCACAAAGGUCGAUUCCGCUAUUGGCGGUAUGGCCAGCUCUCCGCCCAAAGAGACCAAGCGAAGACACACCUCUUCCGCACCCGGGGUCAUGAACCUCAAUGAUCUCGAGAAAGAAGGCGUAAAGAUUACCAUUGCACCGGAAACGCAAAAGACCGGAUGGAAGCUAAACACGUCGACGAGUAGCGUUGAAGAUCCUUCAAUCCUCAAGAAGAUGCUCACCGAGCCUCCUGUCAAGAAGAUUGACCUGCACUUCCCCCUAGGUCUAGAGGUCACAGCACGAAAUCUCAAGGGCGCUGAUGACGAGCUGGAAGAACCCUACCUGAAAGGUUUCGAAUGGGAUCCCGAGGAGUCAUGGACAAGACUGAAGGUGCACACCCAGAAAGAAGGCCUGCCUACAACCAAGAAAUCCAAGAAGAAGGGCGGUGAUGAAUAG